AUGAGAUCUAAAUUAAAUCCAGCAGCAUAUCCUUGUGGAAGCAAAUUUUGUGAAACUCCAUCAAAUAAUUCUGCAUCAGGGAUAUUCAUAACGUAUAUUGAAAGAUUAGCCACAUUGCAAGGAGGAAAGUUGUUGUUAUUGUUAUUAGGAUCAGUAUGUCAAACACCAAUAAAGUUACCAGAAGAAACAUCCAUGUUUGGGGUCAGGACCACAGGGUUAGACUUAUGUGAAGUUCAUUCAACUAUCAUUGUUGGAUAUGGGGUUCCUACCUCAUUUGCAAUUGAUACAGCUGGUCUACCUUGUAUUUGCCUAAGACAAUGUCUUAGUUAG